AUGUUUGUUCGGGAGACCAAUGAGUGUGAGCAGCUUUACAGUUUGGGUGUACUCGGUGUUGAGGACCGCAGCGAGAAAGACCAGAUGGAGGUGCUGACUGACUUUCGAGAAAGUGUAACAAGGCAAGAGGACGGUCGAUAUGAAGUAAGUAUACCAUGGAUUCCUGGAGCCAGAUUGUACGGUACUAACGAACAGCCGAGCAGAAUACGCCUAGCCAAUGUCAACAAGAAGUUGAGUAAAGAUCGAUCAUUAAAAGUAGAGUAUGAAAAGAUAGUUAAAGAUCAGCUUGCCAAUGGCAUCGUAGAAAAAGCCCCAGAAAAGCCAGCAGGAAAACGUACAUAUUACAUGCCUCACAAGCCUGUGAUCAGGGAAAACGCAACAACAACAACAACAACAAAGAUCAGAAUGGUUUUUGAUGCUAGCGCUAAACCAGCCCCAUUGGCUAACAGUAUUAACGAAUGUAUGUUCACUGGACCGUCCUUGCAACCACUACUUUGGGACAUCUUGAUCAGAGCGCGUAUGACACCAAAUCUACUUCUGGCAGAUAUCCAGAAAGCCUUUUUGCAAAUUGGUGUUAAGGAAACGGACAGAGAUGCUUUUCGAUUCCUGUUCGAAAUCGAUGGAAAAGAGGAACAUUUCCGGUUUGCAAGAUUACCAUUCGGAGUCGAAGCCAGUCCCUUUCUGCUUGGAGCAACGUUGGGAUACCACCUUGAGCAACAGCCGACAAGAUUUGAGGAAACUGUGACAGCUCUUAAAGAGAAUACAUAUGUUGAUAACAUCAUGAAAACUGGAAGUGAUACUGACGACUUGAGGAAAUUUAAAGAAGAAAGCUCCAUCAUUCUUGAGGAUGCCAAAUUCCCAAUCCACAAGUGGGAAUCAAACAUCGCGUGCCUCGAAGACGAAAACAUGCCAAACCCAAGUAAAAUACUCGGACACGUCUGGGAUAAACAAGAAGAUACAUUAGAAUUCGAAGCAGCAACCAUGCCUGAGAACCAACCAAUAACAAAGAGGAGCAUUUUGAGUCGGUUAGGAAGAGUCUACGAUCCUUUGGGAAUGGUAUCGCCUACCAUGGCUGAGGGUAAGAACAUAUUUCGAGAUGCCUGUGAAGAAAGAAAAGGUUGGAACGCUGAAGUGUCAGAAUCCUUGAAAAGAAAGUGGAUCAAAUGGAACAAUCAAAUGAAGAAUGUUAAAGUUCCUAGAGCUAUAACUAAGAAAUCGGACGUGAUUGAAGGCAUUCAACUCCAUUUGUUUGCAGAUGCUAGUAACCUUGCUUGCUGUGCAGCAACAGUCGCAGUGGUAGAGCACAAAUCAGGAACUGUGAAAGGUCUGUUAACGUCCAAAUCUCGAAUUUCCAAAAAGAACACCACAAUACCGAGGUUGGAACUUGUGAGUGGUCAAAUGGCGGCGAACAUGGCAAGGAAUUUAUACCAUGCGCUACUGCGAUUGCCUGUUAAGUCUAUCAUCAUCUGGAUGGACAGUAUGGUCGCGCUUUACUGGUUAAGUAACCCUGGAAAGCCUUGGAAGACUUUCGUCGCUAAUAGAGUUAAGAAGAUAGCAGAAAUUACCAACGAGAUUGGUUUGGUGUGGAAGUAUUGUCCAUCAAGUGAGAACUUGGCGGAUCUAGGCAGCAGGGGAGCUACAAUUGAGAAAAUGGUAAAAGACGGAUGGUUCACUGGUCCUGAGUGGUUGUUACAUGUAGAACAGUGGCCCAAACAACCCCAGCUUAAGGUUACUACACACGUAAGCGAAGAGAGCAAACCCAGCAUGGUGGAGGUCUUUUUUACCAAAGAACGAGAGCCUGAUGAAUGGGAUGCGCUGCUGGAAAGAAGUUCGUAUUGGCGCACAUUAAGAGUUACAGCGUGGGCACUGAGAUUCCUGCACAAUUGUUUGGCGAAACGGCGUAAAGAGAAAAGAAAAUCUGGGCCCAUCGGAAACGAAGAAAUCGUGAAAGCAAAGAAUACAUGGGUGAUAAGGAUUCAGAAAAAUAUUAACCCAACUCUACAAGCACCUGGCUGGAAAAUCUUCGAAGAUAAGAACACAAACAUUCUCAAAUGCAGGGGAAGAGUUCGGGGAUAUACUCCAACAUUUAUCGAAAGAGGAUUGUUUGCAGAGAAGCUUAUCACACAUACACACAAUCAAAUUAUGCACCUAGGCGUUGCAAAUACAAUGGCCGCCUUGCGAGAAAACUGGUGGAUCCCUCAACUAAGAUCGAAGGUAAAGAAGGUGAUAAAAAAUUGCAACGUUUGCAAACUGUACUCCACGAAACCAUACGGAGCGACAGCGACAAGUAACAUGCCUAAAUUUAGAACUGAGACCAGCAAGCCAUUUGAGAUCACUGGCGUGGAUUUUGCCGGACCGUUAAGGUACAAGGUCAACAAAAAGGAAGAAGGAAAGUGUUACGUUCUAAUCUUUACUUGCGCUGCAUGCAGAGCCGUUCAUUUGGAACUAACUAAAACUCAAGAAGCUGGUGAAUUUCAGCGAAAACUUAACGCAUUUAUUGCACGUAGAGGAAGACCUCGCUUGAUGAUUUCCGAUAAUGCUGCUACUUUCAAAGCGACUGCAAAGUGGACUAAGCUAAUUCGAAAAAGUGAGAAGCUUCAGGAUUUCCUCGCAACCCAAGAUAUCUAUUGGAGAUUUAAUCUGGCAAAGUCCCCAUGGUGGGGAGGCAUCUACGAGAGGCUGAUUCGUGAAAUCAAGAAAACCUUAUACAAAACCUUGGGAAAAUCACACCUAUUCUUUGAAGGUUUGGAAUCGGUCGUAUUGAACAUCGAAAGCAACAUGAACAACCGUCCGUUAACUUACGUAGAAUGUGAUGGUGGGGAGGAACAAGUCCUGACGCCAAACAUACUCAUUCGGGGAGAAAACUCUUACAUGUUCGACGAUGUUGAAGAUGAAGAAGACGAGCUAACCAAGAUGCAAAGAAGACUUAGAAAAGCAAAAGAUGAUGCAUGGAAACGAUGGAAGCGGGAAUAUGUGCAUAGUUUACUGGAGAGCCAACGAGUCAAUAACAAGGUUGUCGAAGCACCACAGAUUGGAGACGUUGUCCUGGUAGUGGGAGAAGAGAAGAACAGGGGAGAAUGGAAAAAAGGGAAAGUGCUUCGACAAGUUCGUGGAAAAGACGGUGUAGUCAGAGGAGUUGUGCUGUUGCACAAAGGGCAUACUAUUGAACGACCACUGCAGUUGAUCUGUCCGCUUGAGAUUCACUGCACACCAAACGAACGACACAAAGAAGUUGAAGAAAAGGAAUCGGAGAAAGAAAAGAGACCUCAGAAGACAAGCCGCAAAGAAAGCAAUCAAGAAAAUAAAUGAACUAACGCAGUUGGAAGAGGACUGAACAUUUAAUAUAUACGUUGAUAUUCGGUUUUGAAGCUAUAAAAAUUAAACUUUAAUUUUUAGGGGAGUGUGUACGGAAUAGUGGACCCCCCCCCCAUAUAAGUGACGUAAGCAUGAUUGACGUUUGCAUAAAAGAAACAUUAAGAGCAUGUUGAUGGGGGGUCGUUUAUUAUUAGAUUAUGUGAGACGAGACAAAACAAAACAAGUGAUUUGUGAGCGUGAGAAUUCUAUAUUUUUAUACAAAUAAAUGUAAAUUGUCUUUGUGAUUUCUGUGGUUGUAUACCUGUUAACAAUUUAACAAGAGAAGUUCGGUAUAUAUUCACCUUGACUUCGUCCCGGCGAAUAUUCCCCGAUAAUCACCUCGCCUUCGGCGAAUAAUUGUUAAAUGUCAUAUACCUGUGCAUAUACUAAUCACGCAAUAUUGAGCGUCGGCCACGCAGGCUACCCUCGUUACCACCAGCCAAUCUCAUACAAUACCAUACAAUCUCGUACCCAGAGCCAAAGAAUCUAUUGGUACGAGAUUGGUCGGCAUCAUUCUCGUACCCAGAGCCCUUCUUACACGCGGUGCGACGAGGGGCUCUGGCCAAAUCCAUAUUCCGAACUGGCAUCUGAUUGGCUAGUUCUAACACCGGACAUUGUUUUCUUACCAUAUUUUUAUGGUAUCCGGUUAUGGAUUUGGCCAGAGCCCCACGUCGCACCGUGCGUAAGAAGGGCUCUGGGUACGAGAAUGGGUCGGCAUAUAGCGUCAACUUCGUACCUAGUCUCACACUCCGUUGCCACGGCCACCUGCUGACCAAUUCGUAGUUUCGACUGCGCAUAUGCAUAGAAACGUUUUCCAAUGAAUGUCCAAUCAUUAUUUUAAUAUGCAAACGUUGCUCAAAGAACAAUAAACUAGGGAUCCAAGGAUAGUGUGAAGUUUCAAAUUGAAAAAGACACUUGCAAGAACUAUGCAGGGUCGCGAACAACCUAGAAAAGCUGAUGACUUACGCUACGAAAUAAACAGUUACCAAAGGUAUUUCAUUUUUAGCGUGACGUUUGAAACAAGCCUAACACAUCAGAAACUUGCCUUGUGAAACUGAUGCAAUUUAUCUAUUUAUUGUGAUGCUACACGCGACAAUUCGAAAUUUAAAUUGUUUCACCAACAACCAAAUUUUGCAUAUUCUAAAUUUUCAUUUGCAUUUGCGCUGUCGCUAAAAGCAUCCCCACGAGGCUACUGCUAUGCUAAAUUUAUCUAAAACUAUAAUUGAAAUAGCUGUAUAAGAUAUGUUAUGAAUAAUAAGCACUACGUCGUUACAUCAUUAAAAGGACGCGUUUUAUCCUCAUCCAUUCCGUAUUUUAUCCGCAUAUCCGUUCCGUGGAUCCGCUUCAUCCGCUUCCGCAUUUUAACCUAAUUGUGACAUGUUUUACAAUAACAAGUCUCAUUGACCUUUGACUUUUCCCAGUGUCGCGUCUAUUUUCAGCUUUUCGCAUGUGUUGAAUAAUGUCACUUUAAAUUUCAAUAGUUUCACAGUUAAGCAGUGUUUAAAGCAGUUUUGACAAGCUUUGAUACAGUUCUGUGUACAGAAUACUACAGAUUGAUUCUCGUACGAUCUGGUAGAGUUAUCGUUGAACUGUACACGAAUUUGCACCGUUGACAACGGCGUUGUGCUAGACAGUAAACAAAGGUCAAAGACAAGGUCCGUAACGGUACACGUUGGCUACAUGUACCUCCUUGCUUUUUUCUUCUAUUGCAUAAAGCUUGUUGGCGAGCCAAGCGAUUGGAGAUAACACGUUGGCGAUAACACAUUCGCUAUCUCCUCGUCUUUCUUAUUUAAAUAAGGAGCCCUGACUCAACUGAUUUCUUUAAUAGUCUCGCAAGUUAUUUUCUUCGUAAACGCCGUACAAACGUUUGCCCGCUUCUGUUUAAUAGAUGUUUAUGCUUUAUUGAUCUGAUGCAAUUUUUCGCUCUUUGUACUGAGUGUAGCCACCUAUUCUGUGAUGUAGCACCUUAUACAGUCAAUGACAAUGUACAGGGGCGUAGGAAGCGGGGGGGCACGGGGGGCACGUGCCCCCCCAAAUUUUUUUAAAGGACUAAAAGUGCCCUUUUUUGUGAUAAAAAGUGCCCUUUUUGUGUUGAAAAGUGCCCUUUUUUGUGAGGAAAAGUGCCCCUUUUGUAGAAGCUAAUCUCGCUGUAAAUACUAAAUUUUUUUUAAAAAUUAGGUCACAAACAUAAAUUUCGGUAUGAUACGACGGAAAAUUUUCCUCAGGAGAAAUUUCUCCCCCCCCGUCGACAACAUUUCCGGGAAAAAUUUUUUAGGUGCCCUUUCCGAUAGUAAUGUGCCCCUACAAGCCGGUGCCCCCCCAAACUCCAGGUGCUUCCUACGCCCCUGACAAUGUAUAAUGAAUACACGGUCUAAAUACUAUCGAUGGGCACUUACCUGAAUGCCAGUAAUGCAUAACAUAAGUUUACAUAUUGUAUUAUUACGUAGAAUCUCAAAGAUUUUCUCAAUAUUCAUGUCUGAAAUGUUUAUAUGCUUGAAAACAACACUGUCUCGCGUCUGCUCACGUACUGUACGUCUGUACCUCUGUAUAAUGAGUAUGCCGUGAAAAUAAUAUCGGCACUCAAUUGAAUGCCUAGAAUGUCAAAGAUUUUCGACUCAAUAUUUACGUCUGAAAUGUUUAUACACUUGACUGCACUGUCUAGGCGGUCUAGCUCCUUCCUAGCUCUGUAUAAUGAAUAUAAUACCGUCUAAAUAUUAUCGGCACUUAAUUGAACGCCCGUAAUGCAUAAGAUCAAUUUAUAUUUUGCGUAGAUUUUCAAAGAUUUACUCAAUAUUCACGUCUGAAUAUUUAUACAUCUGAAAACAGCACUGUCACUCUUUCCUAGCAUAUCGUCACGCCAUCGUGACUAUGGCUUGAUAGCGCAUGCGCAUUUGCGCUACUAAAGAAAAAAUCGGGUUUUCCGGGGUAAAGAUCCUUUACACAACACGAGAAGCAAAUGUUCUAAAAUUUACAAAAAAUUACAAUAACGAAAGCGACUCCUCCAAAUUUUUGUGAACUUGGCAAAAGAUAACAGAAUAUGUAAAUAAGUUAACUGAAAUUGCCUAAAUAACCUUCAAAGUACUGACUAAGUACAAUAAAUCACUACGAACAUAAAUCGUUACACCCCCCGGAAAGUUUACUUUAUGACUGACUGACUGUUUGACUGACUGACUGACUGACUGAUUCGUGUGAAUUUGCCAGCCAUUACAUACCCUGGAUUCCAGAGCCUUCGACAGUAAAUAAUAAAUUGAAAUGUCGCGAAGGCUCUGGUUCAACGGGGCGAUUCUUUGAUUAAGCCGCGCCAAUCACAAAACAGAAUUAGUGGUUUUAGUACAGAAUCUGUACUAAAACCACUAAUUCGGUUUUGUGAUUGGCGCGGCUUAAUCAAAGAAUCGCCCCGUUGAACCAGAGCCUUCGCGACAUUUCAAUUUAUUAUUUACUGUCGAAGGCUCUGGAAUCCAGGGUAGCCAUUACAAUAGUGUGAAGUGAAACUUCACACUAAAAAGCAUUAAUAAUUCAUAAAAAAAGACAAAGGAAAUCGCUACCAUGUCGGUGGCUUUAAGGCCGGUCCAGACGCACCGGACGCGAUUGGACAACGCGACGCGAGUUUUUAGUUUUUGAAAGUCAAUAAAACAGCCAAUGAGAGCAAAUUUUAAAAGAUAUGUAGACCAAAUAACUCAAAAUGUUAUAACGCUUCUAAAUAUUUGGCAAAUUUAAACUAGGAUCAAAGUUAUCGUUCAGUGAAAAUCAAAAAUCGCGUGGCGUUGUCGAAUCGCGUCCGGUGGGUGUGGAUCUUUAUAUGUGAUAGAAAAUCAUGUUAAUUUAGAUAAACUUACUCAGCUUUGAUUUUCUCGGCUUAGUCUGCUUAGACAAUACGUUUAUUUUUAAAAUUUCUUCGCCAAUGAACUCAUAAGAUGGGUCUUUUUUUAAGCCAUUUAAAACACGCGCAGAGAUAAAGCACUACUACUCGUGUUUUAACUAGUGCUUAAGCUUCCGCGCGGUUGACUCGCAUACAUUUUAGAAAAUAUUAA